UUUCGACUUUCGAGGGAAAAGGAGUUUCCCGCCUUCUCCAAAUCACGGCAAUGCAGUGUGAAGUCCAUGAGAAGAUUCAAAGGCUGCGAGCGUGAAAUCUGAAUUCGUGUGUGUGGCAAUGGAGACCGUGAGUGCUCAGAAGAGGAAGACGACCGCAUCGGAGCCUUCUCCCUCUCUCCCUCUCUACCGCUCUGCUCCUGAGCUCGAGGUCAGUCUCGAUGACUUUGAACUCUACGCCAUAGAUCGCCUUAGAGUAUUGAAAGCAAUGUCUGAUGGGUUGUCUCGGGGCAAGAAACCGGACGAGAUUGGGGCCUUGGUCACUGAGCUUUGGAAGGAGCACAUGCAGCAUCCAAACCCGUCUGACGUCAUGAACAAGGAUAUAAUCUCUCACUUUGUGUUACGCCUGGUCUACUGCAGAACGGAAGAUCUUCGCAAAUGGUUUCUUUCCAUGGAGACGACCCUGUUUCGGCAUCGCUUUCGACUUGAAUCCUUAGAAGUUCAGAGGAUGCUUAUGAGUGAAUUCAAGCUGCCUUUUAAAGCUCUCAGCAAUUCAGAAUUUGAGGCUGUGAAGGAAAAAUUAGGCCAAGUUGCACGCUCCAUCAACCAGCCUUUACCCACUGUGGACAGCACCAUCUUCAAGGUUCCUUUUGAAGAAGUACCAGAACUUGUGGCUGGCCGUAGAGUUUAUAUGCUUAAAGGAGAUGCGUAUGUUGCUAUGAAUCAGGUUGCAUCCCUUGUUGUCACACAGUUCCGUAGCCAUCUCUCCAAGGCACUUGUAUUGACAAACAGAAAAUGGACCUCAAUGAUUCAAGAGCAAGAAAAAGAUCGUUUGACUCCAAUUGUGGAAGCAUUAAGCUCAAGUUAUCUGGGUCCUGACUACUCUCAGCCGAAAGAGUAUGCAGAGAUAUCCAUUAAGGACAUUGAUCGAGUGGCUAAUAGUUCAUUUCCUCUAUGUAUGCGCCACUUGUUUGAUAAGCUAAGAGAGGAGCACCACUUGAAACAUGGGGGAAGGAUGCAAUUGGGUCUCUUUCUUAAGGGAGUUGGCUUAAAGCUAGAUGAUGCUCUUGCAUUUUGGAGAGUAGAAUUCUCGAAGAAGGUUGGUACUGAAAAAUUCGACAAGGAAUAUUCAUACAACAUACGCCAUAAUUAUGGCAAGGAAGGGAAGAGAACGGAUUACACGCCUUACUCUUGUCAAAGGAUCAUUACAUCCACUCCUGGUGUUGGAGACCAUCAUGGUUGCCCUUAUCGCCAUUUCAGUGAGGAGAAUUUAAGAGCUGCUCUUUCCAAAAUGGGAGUCAGUUCUCGUACAGCUGAUGAUGUAAUGGACAAGGUCCGGCACCGUCAUUAUCAGCUAGCAUGCACAUUGACAUUUGAGGCAAUCCAUUCCUGCUCGUGUGAUGCUGGCAUUAACCAUCCAAACCAAUACUUCACUGAAAGUCAAAAGAUCCUACAACAAAGGAGUCAAGCGGCUGAAUGAAGAGUUGCUGACCGGGAAAGCCAUUUAUUCAGUCAACCUUUGCUUAGAGAAGGUGUUUUAUUAGAAGUUUGUCAUCUUGAGGGAGCCUAAAGGUAUUCCAUUUAUACAUUUUUUCUCCAUUUUAUGAUGUGAUCUGUAAGUUCUGAAGUAACCAUCCAUCUGAUUCAUUAACUAAGCUUUAUGCUUUUUAUUUUAACAAACUCUUAGUUGAUGUUGUGAGUCUUACACCCAAAUAAGGUUUUCAUUUUAAAAAAUUAUUCUUACGCCCAAAUAAGGUUUUCAUUUUAUUUAAAAAAUUAUUCUUGUUUUUAGGUAAACUUUUUAAAAUGAUUCAUUGUAAUUCCAUAUUUUCUGUACUUUUCCCCACUCAUUUAUAUAUUAAUUCAAGAAAAUGCAAAGGUUUAAUCAGCUCACUUGAUAGGCUGCUUUUUAUUGGGUAAAAAAAUAAUUUCAAUAGGUAGCUUAAUCAUUGACGAAGGGCACAUUAAAAUAAGCAUUCAAGAAUUUAAAUAGUAAAGAUACCGACAUCGUUUUUCUUUAUGAAAUGAUAAAAGCCCUCUUGUUAGUGAUAAGUACAUAGUAUCUUUUUUUAAUAAUCAAGCUAAUGUAAAAGCAACUUUUUGUAAAAAGGUGCACUCAUUUAUUAAAUCAACUUUUUUUGGUAUUUUAAGGAGCUAUUAGAUUGGUUUGGUAAAUAUAAUCUCUUCCUCAUGCUUUCAUGGUCUAUGGGCCUUUAAAAUUAAAGCGAGCAAUUGGCUGGCCUGGCACAACCGACUUUAAAAAAGUAGGGCUUGGGCCACAAACUGUCCCCCUAGGGCCAGCUUAGGGGUAGUGUGGCCCGGACUUCCUCUCCCUUUUUCUUGUUUUUUUUCUUAGUUUUUUCUCAUUUUCUUUGGCUUGGCCCAGCCUAGCCUUGUUGGGAUAAGGGUCAGGCUAGGCCCACGGCUGGCCUAGUAAAUAUUUUUCGAUAAGUACCCUUAAUUACAAGAACAGUUGUUUUGUGGGUUGGACUGCAUUUGUACAAUACACGGUCCACAGGGAUAAAACGUUUAUUUUAAAAAUAGAUGCAAACGGUCUAGACGUUUUUUUAGUAUAGUUAUUAUAUUUAA